ACCUAAAUAGUAGGCAAUAGUCGUUAAUUUACUUAUAAAUUAAAGGAUAGGAUCACAGGUGGCGUAGACCAAAAAAAGGUGUUAAGUAUUAAUUGAGCCCUCGUUAAUACCAGCUUAUACUAUUCCACAAUGUGGAACUCAGAUUCGCGUUCACAGAACGGUGUUGCGACAACAUCAAUGGGUUCGCCCAUAUAUGGUAGCCACAAUUCUAGUAAUGGCAAUGGUAGAAAUGGCUCACCACAGCAGCAGCAACAACAGCCCGCCAAACAGUUGGGCAUGACAUCCGCCAUUAGUUUGGCUGAACCUCGAUCCGAAGAUUUGCAGAAAACUGAUGAAUUACGCAAAGCUUUAGAACCAUUUAAAGUGUUCGAGAGUCAAGAUGAGCUUAAUCAUCGUAUGGAGAUUUUGGCUAAGCUUAAUACGCUUGUCAAACAAUGGGUUAAAGAUGUAUCAAUGGCAAAGAAUAUGCCCGAGGCAGCUGCCGAGAAACUCGGAGGGAAAAUUUACACUUUCGGUUCAUAUCGUUUGGGUGUACAUCAUAAGGGUGCUGAUAUUGAUGCACUCUGUGUCGCACCACGCAACAUUGAACGCACAGACUAUUUUACGUCGUUUUUUGAAUUACUAAAAAAACAAUCCGAAGUGACAGAAUGCCGUUCAGUUGAAGAAGCUUUUGUACCGGUCAUAAAAAUGAAUUUUGAUGGCAUUGAAAUUGAUUUGCUAUUUGCGCGCCUAUCACUGAAAGAGAUACCAGAUGAUUUUGAUUUACGUGACGAUAAUUUACUUAAGAAUUUAGAUCCACGUUCAGUACGCAGUUUGAAUGGCUGUCGUGUGACUGAUGAAAUAUUGGCGCUAGUGCCAAAUAUAGAGAAUUUUCGUUUAGCGCUGCGUUCAAUUAAGUUGUGGGCCAAAAAACACGGAAUUUAUUCCAAUUCUUUGGGCUACUUUGGUGGUGUGACGUGGGCUAUGCUAGUGGCGCGCACAUGCCAGCUCUAUCCUAAUGCAACGGCCUCUACGCUCGUGCAUAAAUUUUUCUUGGUAUUUUCACGUUGGAAGUGGCCAAAUCCCGUACUGCUCAAACAUCCCGACAAUGUUAAUUUAAGAUUUCCGGUUUGGGAUCCACGUGUUAACGCUUCGGAUCGUUACCAUUUAAUGCCCAUUAUAACACCGGCAUAUCCGCAGCAGAAUUCAACUUUCAAUGUGUCGGAAUCAACAAAGAAGGUUAUACUUAAUGAAUUUAAUCGAGGAAUGAUUACCACUGACGAGAUUAUGAUUGGUCGCGCUUCAUGGGAUCGACUCUUCGAAGCGCCGAGCUUCUUUUACAAAUAUCGUCACUUUAUCGUGCUUUUGGUUACAUCGCAAACCGGUGACGAUCAGUUGGAGUGGUGUGGCUUAGUCGAAUCAAAGAUUCGUCUAUUGGUUGGUAAUCUAGAGCGUAAUCAACACAUUUCAUUAGCACAUGUAAAUCCUACAUGUUUUGAUUAUAAAAAAGGCGCUGCCGUCACACAAAAUAACAGCGGAAAUGAGGAGGAUAAAACACAGCCGAGCGGCAAUCCGCCAGUUUGUACAGCGCCAUUCUGUUCCAUGUGGUUCAUCGGCUUAGAAUUCGAACGCACAGAGAAUUUGAAUGUGGAUCUUACAGAGAGUAUUCAGAAUUUCACCGAACAUGUUAUACAGCAUGGGGUAAAUAUAAAAAUGCUGAAAGAUGGCAUGAACAUCGAGGCGCGACACGUAAAGCGUAAAUCGCUUUCGCAGUAUUUGGAUACGGAUUUCUUAAAACGUGAACGCAAAUCCAUGGAACAACAUAAUAAUUUCAAUAACUCAAUUUUAGCCAAUCGUAAGCGUUUGUCGACCGAAUUGUCAACACAGAAAGAUGUUGCGACUAAAAAAGCGCGCUUGAGUGAAUCGCAAACGGAGGAGAACUCAAAUACGAGUGAUGGCGGUGUUACAACGCCGACCACGCAGCCUACCUCAGCGCCUAAUUUUACACCGGAGGCAAAGAGUAACAAUAAUGAUGGUUCUGGCUCGAAUUCGCCACGUAACAGUAAUGGCACCAAUAGCAACAGUGUCAACAACCAGAAUCAGAGUAGUAAUAGUAAUAGCAAUAGUAGCAGCAGCAGCAGCACACCGGCUGCACCUGCCGCAGCUACUGCGGAAGUGGCCUGCUCGUGACCGACGCUCAGCAUAGCACCGAAUCCAACACCGCCGCCGCCGCCGCCGCAACCACAACCGCAACCGCAUUAUUUGUCGCAUUCACUUCACACUGCACACUCCGCACACUCUACACAUCAUACACACUCAUCCAUAGUUUCACAUUCACAAAAAUUU